UGGCCAAAAAAAGUCAAAAGUCAUGUAUAUUCACAGGUACAGUUAUUUUCCAUUAGACAUGUUAAUUUUACAGGCUUUUUUGUAAUUGUAUUGAUAUUUCAUCUAUUUAUAAAAGUAACAGGAAAACUCUGUAGAAUGACAGAUUGUUUUUUACAGUGUACAUUAGACCACAAUAUUAUGGUUCAUGUAUUGUGCACUACCAUGCUUUGAAAUCCGGUUUUAGACCUUGCUGCGGCUUCUUUUCUCUCUGUUAACCGUUGACAAUUGUGAGUGCUGCUUUAAGAGUAUAGCAGGGUGUGUCCACACAGCUUUGUUACCUGCUCAGGCAACCCAAUAUCACGUGGUCUCAGCCUCUCCCUGGAUCACUGCCAGGCUCCCUUUCACUACAGCCUCACCAAAGCUUGAGUGGUUAAUACUCAGACUGCUAAACUAUAGAUUUAUGCCUUUUCUAUAAAAGCACUGACAUAUUGUGAGACUGAGCACGGUUUAGUUCAUUCCUGCCUGAGGUGUUCAGCUUCUAUUCCUGGCUGUAGCCUUUUUAAAAAGCAGCAGUUGGCUGAUAUCGCUGUUUUUACAUCAACCUUGAACAAACCUACAAUAUUUUUAAGUUAUGGAGCGUCUGAAGUUAGUCUUGCAGUACUUCCAGUCCAAUUCCGAGUCCAUCUCCAAUGGAAUUUGUAUCAUCCUGGCCCUGGUUAGUGUCAAGCUUUACACCAGCUUCGACUUUAACUGCCCGUGCCUCCCUCAGUACAACAAACUUUACUCUCUGGGAGUGAUGAUAGUCCCGCCUAUUAUACUGUUCUUCCUGGGAAUCCUUGUCAACCGGCAUACAGGUGUCAUGAUGGACGAGUGGAUGAGACCCAUUGGGAACAGGUCCAAAAAUCCUGCUGUUGUCAAGUACUUGUUCUCAGCCAUGAUCCAGAGAGCCCUGCUGGCACCAAUGGUGUGGAUCCUGGUCACUUUGCUAGAUGGAAAGAUCUUUAUCUGUGCUUUCAGUGUGAGUGUAGACCCUACACUCUUCUCAGGUAUGCCUAAUAACACAGGUCUGGAUGUCCUCAAGAUCAUGGCCAAAGUACCCUGUAAGGAGGACGUUAUCUUCAGGAAUAGUUCUUUCCGUAAAGCGGUUUCUCGUUAUGUUCGCUGCCAUUCACAGGCGAUUGGUUGGUCCAUCCUCUUGUUCCUGAUUGUACUGGGAGCACUGGGACGCCUCAUCAAGCCCUGUUUUGAUGACCACGCCACCUUCCUGCAGACACGCUACUGGAGCAACUAUCUUGAUGUGGAGCAGAAGCUCUUCGACGAGACCUGUGUCCUACAUGCCCGAGACUUCGCCCGAAAGUGUGUGGUGCAGUUCUUUGAGGACGUCAGGGAGGACUCUCUACGUCUUCCACACCCGGUCUUCUUCAGCAAAUUCAGAGAGGAGUGGGAUGAUGAAGAAGAAGAACAGCUUCAUGGGAUAACAAAACAGGAGCAAGUGGACCAGCUGCUAAACAAGUGGUAUUACAGUAAACCUGAACUGGAUGUGUCUAGGAUUGCAUACAGGCCCAGACCAUGUGUUACCUGGGAGAACCAUGAAGGGAAGACAUUAUACUCUGAUGUGUAGAACACAGUCUAUAGCAUAUAUGAACUAACUAAGCUGCACAUUUUAGCUGUAGGGUUCCCCUUUUCAGCAAUGUGCUUAUGAUGUCCUCAUGUCCACUUAAUUUGAGAGCCUUCCGCAACAUCACCAACACCAUCUUCAAUUCAGCAGAGGAUUCUGACAAAGGUUUCAAAACCGGAAGACUGGAUCAUAACAUUUCAGUCAGUGAUGGGUAUAUAUAUGCAGAGAUUUAAUGACUAUUUCUGCUAAAAGAUGGUAAUUUCUUUCAGAAUCUGAUCUUUGUCAUUUCAUCCACUGACUUCUGCUCAGUGACCUUAAUCCUAGAUGCUGUGACAGGACCUGGAGACUUAUCAACUAAAGUUCUGGCAAUCAGUCACUUGACAAUUUUCAACAGAUGCUCAUAUUAAACCGUUUCAAAUAAUGACGCAAAAGUGUGUAAAUAUGUGUGAGGGAAUUGGAUAAGGCCUGAAAGAGCAGAUAGUGUUAUAUUAGAUCAGCUGCAAACGCUCUCUUGAGUUGUUUCUGUAUGAAGGUUGUUUCACUGCUGGGUUACCAAUGACACUCUGAGCAUUGGAAAUGGUCUAGCAGCAGUUAGUCAGUUAGGGACUUGACUUAUAGUGGCAAAGCUUAUAGUUAGGGCUGCAAAAUUGUCUAAUAUGAAUUCUGCUCAUACUAGGGAGCAUUCAGAAGUUUGUUUGUUUGUUUCCCCAUCAGCCUCGUUAUAAGCAAUGACAUUGUUUCCAAGGUUCUUGGUCCCGUUUGCCUUAUCUGGUCUACUGACUAUUUGGUAAGAUUCGUCUAACAGCUGCCAUCAUGUUGGCUAACAAAGCAGCAUUCAGUUCUAUUCAGUCCCCACAACUGAUUCAUUUACACACCAACCUGUAAAAAAUGGCUGUUUCAGAGGAAGAUUAAAAACAGGCAGUAUGCAAAAGAGAAAGAACACAUAAAGAAUGCACCACUACUAUAGUGGCGUUAAGGAAUAAAGCUAAAAACAGCUAAAUUAAAAUUUGUCUCUUUCAAGAGUCAACAAAGUGGAAAAAUUAUGGUGUGAUGUAUUAUUUUUACCUUUGACCACUGACUAUUUAGUGUUUGUUAGUAAUAACUAACAAAACCACAAAAAUGUUUGUUUCCAAGUCAAGUCCAGGAUCAAAUGGACGAAUCUGUUAUAAUAACUUGAUGUUUUUUAUUUGGAAAAGAGUGAGAAAAUGGUUUGUCUUUAUAUGAAAACAUGUUGCAAGAGUCAUUUGAAUUUGUUGGGUGUUGGCUGACAAGCUUUGCAUAGAAAACAUGGAGCUCACCCACAGAUUGAUUAAAAGAUGCAAAUAGACACUUGGCAGCAAACAAGCACUAAAAAAGACCUCUUUUUCAAUUUAUUUUAUUGAGUUUCCUCAUAUAGUUGCAUUAAUAUGUUUUUCAAUGUGUAUGGGUAUGUAUAUGAGUUUUGUAUUGCAAAACUAAAGGCAGUUACCACUAACGUUGCACAAGCUCCCAUUAAUGACAUUACUGGUUGUCUUUGUUUUGCAGCCACAAAUUUCACUCUGAUCAAAAAGGUUUCCAGGAGCAGCUGGAAGCUAAAAGUUAAAAAGUUAAAAAGCACAAGUAAAGAAGAUCAGUGUGUCU